AGCUGAUGCUGGAGUAGCCAUUUCUGCAAGAGCGGCGGGGGCGUCCGGCUGCAUUGCAAACGGCAUGUUGGGCGCUCCGUGGCUUUCCUGGGGCGGCUGUGCGAGACCCGCCGCUUUGCGGUGGCUGAAGCGCUGCAGGAGGCCGAGUUGUGCCGCGGCCGCUGGAGGCCAGCGGGGGCCGCCGGGCCAGGCUCCCCGGAGGAGGUGGUGCUCUGCGCUCUCCGAGGGCGGGACGAAGUGGGUCAAGCCCGCGGGCUGUGACACCGGCAUCCAGACCUACAACAGCCUGAGCAGAAGCAAGGAGCCGCUCAUCCUGGGCAACGCGGAUGUGGUGACUUGGUACAGCUGUGGGCCAACAGUGUAUGAUCAUGCACACCUUGGGCAUGCUUGCUCUUAUGUUAAGUUUGAUAUUAUUCGAAGGAUAAUAACCAAGAUAUUUGGAAAGGAAGUAGUCAUGGUGAUGGGGAUCACAGACAUAGAUGACAAAAUAAUUAAAAGAGCUAAUGAG